AACCGUUUUAUAAGGAUACUACCCCGAAUAUGGUAAAUAAAUAAAAAAAAUCUUUCUCUUCUUCACUUUUACGGUAAAAUAUCGAAACUGAAGAUUUUAGCCUAGGCUCGAUAAUAUCUUAUUUACAUGACUGGUGGUCACAUUGUUUAAUUUGUUUUGUUUACAUUUGAUCUUGAAGAAACUCCAUGGCUCCUUCCUCUUCACUCCCCUCCUUCUCUCCUCCGCUCCGCGCUCACUCCUUCACCCCUAUUAUGGAAUGUGAUAGAGAAGGAAAAGAAGACGAAGAAUCCCAAGACCGAACGAGUUCAAUGAGGUCCACACCUAUGGAUCAAUAUUCCAAUAUACACAGCAAGGACUUUGAAUCGAAUUAUACAGUGAAGCCAUCUCACCGGAAGAUGUUAAGUACAGGCAGUGACUCGGUCUCGAGUUCUGUCGAUGACCGCGGGAUAUCCUGCAACAAGUGCCGUCCAAGCAACCGGGAUAAGAAGAUAUCUGUGGUUCCAUUAGACAAUAGUGGAAUGAACAGGCACUCCUUGUCAAGCCCGAAUGGUAUUUUCAAGCCGAUUUUUGGUUCUAUAGUGAAAAAGAGUCCGAGGAUCUUGAAUGAUGGAUCGUCAGCUGCGGCUCCGGUGACUACCAGGGAGGAGCAAUGGAGGAUCGUGGCGAUGGAGCUUUCGAAUAAACUCGUGGAUGCCACUCAGAAGAGGGAUGAGGCUGUGCAAGAGGCUUCAAAGCUGAAACGAUCCAUGUCUGAGAUUGAGAAAAAGUUGAAUAAGCUUGAGAUUUACUGUCAUACUCUGAAAUCAGGGCUCGAUGAAUGUAAUAAUGUGUCGGUGGCGCCAGUGACAGAUCCAGCUACGAGAAAUACACCGUUGGGUCAUGAGAAUGUGGUGAUUGGUGAGCAGGAUAAAGUUGUGGAGAAUUUUCUGGUAUCGGUCUCGGAGGCGAGAUCAACGGUUAGGUUUUUAGCUAGGUCUUUGACACUCCAAUUACGCCGCAUGGGGAGCAAAGUUUAUGACCGAAUUUCGGCAUGUCUGCAGCCUUAUGAUAUCAAGAUCUCAUUGUCUAGAAAUCCGAAAGAGUUGAUGACUUGUAUUGAGGCAUUGUUGAACAAGUCCUUUUUCGAAGAUUUUGAAUCAAUUGGAUUCCAAAAGGGCUCUGCAAACCCGAUACUAAACCCGAUUGAUCAUUGUGAGGCAAAUUUCGCCUCGUUCACUCGGUUGCAGAGUCUGGAAUGGGAUGAUGUAUUGACCAAGGGGACCAAGCAUUUCAGCGAGGAGUUCAGCAAGUUUUGCGACAGAAAAAUGAGUGAAAUUGUCGCACUCUUGGGGUGGAAUCGUGCAUGGCCUGAGCCGCUUCUCCAGGCCUUCUUUGGCGCCUCCAAGGCCGUGUGGUUGGUGCAUCUUCUGGCUAAUUCGGCGCACCCAAGCUUACCUAUCUUCAGAGUAGACAAAGAAGCCAAGUUUGAUUCGAUUUACAUGGAGGACAUGGUCGGAGACAAGGCCCGCAGAUUGGUCCCCUCCAUGGUUCGGAUCAUGGUUGUGCCCGGCUUCUACGUUUACGGUAAUGUGGUCAAGUGCAAGGUGCUUUGCAGGUAUCACAAUAACAGCAAUGGCUCUGAUAAUACAGAAGACAAGGGCUUUAGUUUAACUCCAUCUCCUAAAUACUAGUCAUAUAUGCAUCAUCGUCAUCGUCGUCAUUAUCAUAUACCUUAGAAGGACCUCUAUGUAAACUACCAUAAAAAUAAUUUUUUCGUCUCUUUGGGUGAAGUCUAUCUUAAUUUUAUAAAUCUUGACAUUACAACUUUCGAAGUACUAUUUAAGUUGGAUUUUUUAUCAUAUAGGAAAAGACAAGAUUAUUCAUGGAAUCUCAUGAUUUUGGAGUUUGGAUUAUGUGUCUUGUUGCCUAUAUAAAAGAAGAUUUAAAUGUGUGAAUAAAGUUUUUGUUUGUAUUA